AUGAGACUCCUAUGGGCGAGCUCAGUUGGGAAACAUUCGACUGUUCUAUACCGAAGGUGCCUCUCAACAACACCAACACCAUUCAAUGACCAUCAAGCCAACCCGAUCACUCUACGAUGCGCGCAGAUAUUUGAACAGUCAAAAUCAGGUACAAGGCCAAGCUCCCUCGAUCACAAGGAACUACGUGUGCAGGGACAUGUCAGGUUUCUCAGGAAGCAAAAACGCUUUGCAUUUGCACAUAUCUCGGACGGUUCGUCCCUCCAGCCAAUCCAAGCAGUCUUGACCCCAGAACAAGCAACAAACUUAACUCAGGGUGCUGCAGUUGAAGUUACAGGGAUAUGGCAACCAAGUCCCCCAGGCAAACAGCAAUCCCAUGAGCUUCAAGCAACAAAAGUUGACAUUGUGGGAGAGGCAGAUCCUGCGGCUUCAUCUUCAACCCAGACAUAUCCAAUCCAAAAGAAAUUCCACACACCAGAUUUCCUUCGCCAGUUACCACACUUACGCCUACGUACCCCAUUCAAUGCCCUUCUCUCUCGAUUGAGGUCAGAGUUCAUAUACCAAGUGACAGAGGAAUUCCGCUCCCACCGUCACCUCAAUUUCGUCCAGGUUCAGCCACCAUUAAUUACCUCCUCUGAUUGUGAAGGAGCAGGGGAAGUGUUUAGUAUAAGGCCUCGAGAUGUCGUGAUUGAGGAAGGUAAGGCGGUUGAGUUUUUCAAAUCGCCUAAAUAUCUUACCGUGUCAUCACAAUUACAUCUUGAAGCUUACGCAGCAGAAUUGGGUAAUGUUUGGACUCUAUCUCCCACAUUCAGAGCAGAGAAGAGUGACACACCCCGCCACUUGAGUGAAUUCUAUAUGCUCGAAGCAGAAAUGAGCUAUAUGGAUUCCCUCGAGCCGCUCACUGCCUUCGUGGAAACGCUUCUACGCAAUAUGACUCAAAGAGUUUAUAAAUCCCCGGUGGCGCAAGAGCUUUUCAGUUUUAAAGCUACCGAUGACCUAACAAAGGAUACCAGCAAUGCGGAUCUAGAAAAGAGAUGGAUGGCUCUAAUGGAGGGUCCUCGGUGGCCACGCAUUACGUUCGCACAUGCGAUUAAACACCUUCAUGAGGCUGUCAAUACAGGUCGAGUCACAUUUGAAUUCUCUCCAUCCUGGUCGGGGGGCCUGCAGCUUGAGCAUGAAAAAUUCCUUGUUGAUACAAUUGGCAAAGGUUUGCCUAUUUUUGUUACUGACUACCCUAAGGCUGUCAAACCAUUCUAUAUGCUACCGUCAAGCGGUUCGUCUGACGAAAGCGGGGAGACGGUUGCAUGCUUUGACCUCCUUCUCCCAGAGAUAUGUGAGGUUGUUGGUGGGUCGCUCCGUGAACAUAGACUUUCACCUCUCAUCCAAAAUAUGCGCGAGCACGGCUUGCUGAAACUGAAAGAUUCAACACCUGAACCCUCGUCUACCGUUGACGCCAAGGCUCCCUACCCUCAUCUCCUCGCUAAUGAGGAAUUAGGCUCGAUCCAGUGGUACGCAGACCUGCGAAGGUGGGGGACCGUACCACAUGGCGGAUUUGGACUAGGCUUUGAUCGCUUCGUCGGGUAUUUGGCUGGCGUAUCCAGUCUCAGAGACCUUGUCCCUUUCCCCAGGCAUUUUGGAAGGGCGGAUUGCUAA